GAAGGGUUUCAGGGAAUAAGAAGUCUAGAAACAGCAGCAGCAGCAGACAUUAGUCCUGGAGGAAAGUGCCAAGGAAAAAACCCGAACAAUAUUGUGCUCGAUUCGGGAAGUAAAUAAAUGGCAGCUGGUUUUCCAAGCUGGUCCUGCGAAAUCGACUGCCAUUCGGUGUUCAAAUCGUGUGUUCGGAAUUGUCGAAUCUGAGCGAGAUCAGACACGACAUCGUCGUAAAUUCCGGAAGUGGUUGCGUGUUUUGAUAAUCGCGUGUGAUUCCUUUCUAUUUUCUGCCGUUUGUUACAAACCCAAAAGUUUUUCGUUCUUCCUUGUGCUCUUACCUGAUAUUCUCAUCGACUCCUGUUGCUUCCACCAAGGUCAAAAUAUUCAGUUUUUGAGAACAACUUUCGGAGAUCCGGGUGCAAGUGAAUGGUUACAAAAAAAACCUACUUAUCCGCUCUAUGCUAUAUUGUCUAACUGAGCUCAAAGGUGAAAUUAGUGGUCGUGGCAUUAAAGUGCUUCGGGGCUCCGGGGGUAUCCUUCGUUUUAGAGAAUGGUUCAGAACCACACUGUUGUCCGCUAGUUCGGUUUCUUCACAAAUAAUAUUUCACUGACAGCACGAAGUAUUUUUAAACUAAACUCUUAACACCUUAUUUCUGCCACACACCAAAACCCUCAGAAGAAGAUGAGAAAAACGGACAAUCGGAUGAACAUGGGUGAGCCGGAAGUGCGGGAGCUCAAACUCGGUGCUUCAUUCACCAAUCCUGCACCCCGAACCGUGUACCAUACGCUCAAGUACGAUUUCAAACCGGCCAGUGUGGAUGUCAACAAGACGGCCACUCUGGAGGUUAGCACCAACAAACAGGUCACGGUAACGGUGCCUCAUCUCGAUGGUUCCGGUGUGCCGAAUACAGUCUUCAAGGGCAACCAGAGGGAUUACAGCAAGAAGGAAUGUGUGCUCAUUUACGAUAAGAUUACCGGCGAGUACACCCUCGAGCGGCUUCACAGCAAUGUGCAGGUGAAAAAGACUCGAACCGAAAACAAAGUGGUUCAACCUCCACCGCCGCCGCCCCAGAUCAAGGUCGAAAACUCCACCGCUCGACAAAGUUCCAAAACCAAGAUUACGACCGGCUCCCGCAAGAACACUCCCAUCAGCUUUGUGCCAAAAAAUUCGCCAUUGCAACACUCGCCUUCCUAUCCGAACAAGAGUCCCCUGGCCGCGCCAGCCUGGAAUGCUAAUAAUACUCAGCAAACUUUGCCUAGUAUCCCUAUUAUCGGGCUAGACGAUGGCAAUGAUUUUAUGCCGGUACCCACGUCUUCGCAGUCCCACGGAAGUGGAAGUGGUCACAAUACCAGUGGUGGCAGCAAUAGCAGCGGCAGCAGCAGUAGCAUGAACAACCAUCAUCAUCACCACCAAUUGAGCAACAACAGUAACAGUAGCAGCAACAGUCACAACAACAACAGUCAUCAGCACAGCUCUAUGAUGGCAAAUAGUAGCAACAGCAGCAGCAGCAAUAAUAUCAGUCAUCACAACAGUGCAGUUGGAGGUGGAAUGGGUGGACUUCCGGUACUGCAUGGUUCUGGAAUCGGUUCCUCAUCGGGAUCCGCCAACAGCUUGGGCCUCGGUAGUAGCAAUAGCAACAACAGCAGUGGCAAUGUGGGUCACCACAAUCAUAACCCGUACAAUAAUCAUCACGGGGAUAACAACGUGGAGAUCAAUCUGCCCACGAGGGCACACAAUACAUCGCCUAGUGAUACUGGAUUCUCGACUGGUUUGUUGAGUUCGUCCAGUUCGGAUUCCAGCGGCUCAAGUGGCUCUAGUGAUAGCGGUUCGGAAUCGGAUAGUUCCGCCGACGACAGCAAUGUUAUGCCGGGUAAAGUAACAGAAUCAAUUUUCGACAUAGGUCCCGCCCGGUCGGACACGCUCAGCACCGAUAUUCUUACGAAAGAUCUUUGCCUUUCGGAGUCCAACUCCGACUCGGAUUAAACGAGGAAAUAAAAAUAAAUCCUGGCACAAUACCUUUAAAAGUCCCAGCUCUCCCAGCUUGUUAAAAAUUGUUUUCCAGUUCUCACAAGGCUGUAAGGCUCCUCAUUAUUUUCGAUGUGAACAAACUACCAGCAACUAUUUGACUGGGACUCAGUGAAACCGAGCUAUGUGUACAUCUAGGUGUUUAUAAUGAGAACAGGUUGCGGUGGUUGUAAAACGACAAUCGACCCAGGAAAAAAAACGAGAGAGAAAACGUGCGGAUUGUAAAGACAUAUAAACCGAUUUAGAAAUAGUCUGCAGAUAUGGGCCAGAACCCAAAUUCUGGAACAAUAUUUUUGUAGCGAAAUUAUUUAUAUUGAGAUGAUAAUAUACAAAACGGAGCUGAAGAUUUGGAUCCUAAACUCUGGAUGAUUUGGAGGCUCUGGCUCAAUGAGUUGAUCGAUCGUUGAUGGGCGAAAAGCCAUCGUCCGUCGACCAGGUGUAGGGGCUACACAACCGUGGCGCGUGUAACAGUUUUAUCCGAAAUAGGUUUGUUAGAGUAGUCGCUGCCAAAUAAAACUGAGAAAAAAAACGGAAGAAAAAUCGUUGAUUUUGUAGUCAGUUUCCACUUCUUUCGCUAACAAUUCUCUCAUUUUCUUUGGACAGGAACUCAUUUCGUUUCAUGUUAUUUUAUUUUAGGCUUUUAUUUUAUUGUUUUCCUCAUUCUCUUAGUUCACAUAUUUCUCAAGCUAUUUACGGCUAGUUUUUUUUACGUCUUAGUUACUAAAUAUUUAAAAAAGAAGUUUGUUUGGAAUUUCAAUCCAGUUCAAUCAAUAUUUAGACUGUCAGUGUUGUUGUUAAUCUUAGUGAUGCAAAUUUCAGCAUGAAAAAGUUUACUCUUACUUAGUCAGCAAAAAAAAACGGACCAUACGAUUUUCUAUUAGUGAUUAUAUAGCUACAUCCACAAGUCGGAUUUAUUUCGUUAAACUUGCACAUUGCGCAGCAAAUGAAGAAAAGAAUAUUAAGAAGGCUUGUACGAGUGAAAUUUGUAUUGUCAAAUGCUAAAUUUAUUACUUACCAUGCAUUAGUAACUACAAGACAGCAGCGAAUAAAAUAUGUUAACAAA